GUGCCUCUUGGGAGCGAAGCACUGGAGUUCGGAGAUCCCCAACCACAUCCCGUGACAAUGACAGCGGAUGAGCUGGUUUUCUUUGUGAAUGGCAAAAAGGUGGUGGAGAAGAAUGCAGAUCCAGAGACAACUCUUUUGGCCUACUUGAGAAGAAAAUUGGGGCUGAGCGGGACCAAGCUGGGCUGUGGAGAAGGGGGCUGCGGGGCUUGCACGGUGAUGCUUUCCAAGUAUGAUCGUUUCCAGAACAAGAUCCUCCACUUUUCUGCCAAUGCCUGCCUGGCCCCCAUCUGUUCUUUGCAUCAUGUUGCCGUGACGACCGUGGAAGGAAUAGGAAGCACCAAGUCCAGGCUGCAUCCUGUGCAGGAGAGAAUUGCCAAAAGCCAUGGUUCCCAGUGCGGGUUCUGCACCCCUGGCAUCGUCAUGAGCAUGUACACGCUGCUCCGGAACCAGCCUGAGCCCACCAUGGAGGAGAUCGAGGACGCCUUCCAAGGAAACCUGUGUCGCUGCACAGGCUACAGGCCCAUCCUCCAGGGGUUCCGGACCUUCGCCAGGGUAAGUGGGGGCUCUGGGACUGCUGCUAAAGCAGCAACACUCAAGGAUCACAGUUGGGAGGGAUCCAAAGGCCCCUGGAAGGAAGAGGAGACAGGCAUUGAGAUGAAAUUUAAGAAUAAGCUGUUUCCUAUGAUCGUCUGCCCAGCCUGGAUCCCUGAGCUGAAUUCAGUGGAGCCUGGACCCGAGGCUGAGGUAGAAGUGAGCGCCCCUGACACCGACACCACGGCCACUGACUCCCUGCCAGGAUGGCGCAGGGCUGGAAGUUCUUUCCAUUGUGCCACCCGGGUUCGGUCUGUUGGAGGGAACAUCAUCACUGCCAGCCCCAUCUCUGACCUCAACCCCGUGUUCAUGGCCAGUGGGGCCAAGCUGACCAUCGUGUCCACAGGCACCAGAAGGACGGUUCGGAUGGAUCACACCUUCUUCCCUGCUUACAGAAAGACCCUGCUGGCUCCCGAGGAGAUACUGCUUUCCAUUGAGAUCCCCUACAGCAGGGAGGGUGAAUACUUCUCAGCAUUUAAGCAGGCCUCUCGGAGAGAAGAUGACAUCGCCAAGGUGACCAGCGGCAUGAGGGUCCUGUUCAACCCGGGAACCGUGCAGGUGAAGGAGCUGGCCCUUUGCUACGGCGGAAUGGCUGACAGAACCAUCUCGGCCCUCAAGACCACGCGGAGGCAGAUCUCACACUUCUGGAAUGAGGGGUUGCUGCAAGACGUGUGUGCUGGCCUGGCGGAGGAGCUGUCCCUGGCCCCCGAUGCCCCUGGAGGCAUGGUGGAGUUCCGGCGUACCCUGACCCUCAGCUUCUUCUUCAAGUUCUACCUGACGGUGCUUCAGAAACUGGGCAAAGAGAACUCAGAAGAUAAGUGUGGCAAGCUGGACCCCACCCAUGCCAGUGCCACCCUACUCUUUCAGAAAGACCCUCCAGCCAACGUCCAGCUCUUCCAAGAGGUGCCCAAGGGUCAGUCUGAAGAGGACAUGGUGGGUCGGUCCCUGCCCCACCUGGCCGCGGCCAUGCAGGCAUCUGGGGAGGCCGUGUACUGUGAUGACAUCCCUCGCUACGAGAAUGAGCUGUCCCUCCGGCUGGUCACCAGCACCCGAGCCCACGCCAAGAUCAAAUCCAUAGAUACUUCAGAAGCUCAGAAGGUGCCAGGGUUUGUCUGCUUUAUCUCUGCGGAUGAUGUUCCCGGGAGUAAUAUAACUGGAAUUUAUAAUGAUGAAAUGGUUUUUGCAAAGGAUAAGGUGACUUGUGUUGGGCACAUCAUUGGUGCUGUGGUCACCGACACCCGAGAACAUGCACAAAGAGCCGCUCAAGCGGUGAAAAUCACCUAUGAAGAUCUUCCAGCCGUUAUCACAAUUGAGGAGGCUAUAAAAAAUGACUCCUUUUAUGAGCCUGAGCUGAAGAUAGAGAAAGGAAACCUUACGAAGGGGUUUUCAGAAGCAGACAACAUUGUUUCAGGUGAGUUGCACAUCGGUGGCCAAGAGCACUUCUACCUGGAGACUCACUGCACCAUCGCUGUCCCAAAAGGUGAGGCAGGAGAGAUGGAGCUCUUUGUGUCUACGCAGAACACCAUGAAGACCCAGAGCUUUGUUGCAAACAUGUUGGGGGUUCCGGCAAACCGGAUUUUGGUCCGGGUGAAGAGAAUGGGAGGGGGCUUUGGGGGGAAAGAGACCCGGAGCAUCGUGGUGUCCACAGCAGUGGCCCUGGCUGCAUACAAGACUGGUUGCCCCGUGCGCUGCAUGCUGGAUCGUGAUGAGGACAUGCUGAUAACUGGUGGCAGACACCCCUUCUUGGCCAGAUACAAGGUUGGCUUCAUGAAGACCGGGAGGGUUGUGGCUCUGCAGGUGGAGCACUACAGCAAUGCGGGGAACAGCAUGGAUCUCUCCCAGCAUAUAAUGGAACGAGCCUUAUUACACAUGGACAACUGUUAUAACAUCCCCAACAUCCGGGGCACUGGGCGGUUGUGCAAGACCAACCUACCCUCCAACACGGCUUUCAGGGGCUUUGGGGGACCCCAGGGAAUGCUCAUUGCCGAGUACUGGAUGAGUGAAGUCGCAGUGACCUGUGGGCUGCCAGCAGAGGAAGUGCGAAGGAUAAACAUGUAUAAGGAAGGGGACCUGACCCACUUCAACCAGAAGCUUGAGGGGUUCACCUUGUCCAAGUGCUGGGAUGAAUGCCUAGCAAGCUCUCAGUAUCAUGCCCGGAAGAGGGAGGUUGAGAAGUUCAACGAGGAGAAUUGUUGGAAGAAGAGAGGAUUGUCCAUAAUUCCUACCAAGUAUGGAAUAAGCUACUCUAUUCCUUUUCUGAAUCAGGGAGGAGCCCUGAUUCAUGUGUACACAGAUGGCUCUGUGCUACUGACCCAUGGAGGCACUGAGAUGGGCCAAGGCCUUCACACCAAGAUGGUCCAGGUGGCCAGCAGAGCACUGAAAAUCCCCACCUCUAAGAUUUACAUCAGUGAGACAAGCACGAACACCGUGCCUAACACUUCUCCCACAGCUGCCUCUGUCAGCGCUGACCUCAACGGACAGGCUGUCUAUGAAGCUUGUCAGACCAUCCUGAAAAGACUGGAGCCCUUCAAGAAGAAGAAUCCUAGUGGCUCCUGGGAAGACUGGGUCAUGGCUGCCUACCUGGACGCAGUGAGCUUGUCUGCUACUGGGUUUUAUAAAACACCCAACCUUGGCUACAGCUUUGAGACGAACUCGGGGAAUGCCUUCCACUACUUCAGCUAUGGGGUGGCUUGUUCCGAAGUGGAAAUUGACUGCUUAACGGGGGAUCAUAAAGUAGAAGGGGCUUUUGUCCAGGGCCUUGGCCUCUUUACCCUGGAGGAGCUGCACUACUCCCCCGAGGGAAGCCUGCACACCCGUGGCCCCAGCACCUACAAGAUCCCUGCGUUCGGCAGCAUCCCCAGCGUGUUCAGGGUGUCCCUGCUCCGUGACUGCCCCAACAAGAAGGCCAUCUAUGCAUCCAAGGCUGUCGGCGAGCCACCUCUCUUCCUGGCAGCCUCCAUCUUCUUCGCCAUCAAGGAUGCCAUCCGUGCAGCUCGAGCUGGGAACACGGAUCAUAAGAUGAAGAAGCUUUUCCAGCUAGACAGCCCCGCCACCCCAGAGAAGAUCCGCAACGCCUGCGUGGACAAGUUCACCACGCUGUGCAUCACCGGCACUGCAGAAAACUGCAAACCCUGGUCUGUGAGGGUCUGAAGAGACAGCUCCUGGCAGAGUCCACUGAUGCCAUGCUGGACCCUCUGUGGAGAAUGAAACAGGCCUGCAGAGCUGGAUCUACCCACAUUGUGGCACAACAACGCUGUGAUUCAUCAAGAUGGUGUUUGGAGGAAUGUGGAAAGCAUUGGAAGACUUUGUGUUGUUUUCAUUGGAAGGUUUUGAUCAAAAAUAUGAUUUGCAAACAUAUUGAUAAGCAAGUUCAGAACUUUUAGGGCUAUGUGGCUAAUAUGCACUUAGAGUCUUUUUAUGUCGCUGUAAUCAUGUGUGUACAAUAGGUGUAUGUGCUCUGUCCCAACUCACAGGCCAGGCUGUAAAGCCUCAGGUGCUGAUAGUGUCUGUCCUUCACAGAGGAUGCCCCCAAACUUGCAGAGGCUUCCAUUCUCAAUCAGAAAGCCUUUCCUUUAAACCAAUGAACAUCAUGUUAUAACCACAGGCCCAUAGUCAAAUUUGCAGUGGGACAGUGGGGCGAGAUUCAAACCUCUAUCUACCUUUGGGUCAUUGAAGAGAAUAAACAAUGACACUAACUCAAAGUUAAUCUAAUCUUGGUAAGUGGCAGAAAGGAAAUUAUUCUAUUCCUUCAAAAACCAACCAACCCAAUCAUUGCGCACCUGCAGUGUGGUAGGUUUCUUUCCCUUCCCAUUUGUACAAUAAAAGAAAUCAGGUUAAAAAAUCUUCAUUCGAGGGGCUCCUGCAAGGCUCAGUUGGUUAA